AUGUAUCGAUCAACGAAGGGAGCGUCAAAGGCUCGGAGGGACCAAAUCAACGCGGAGAUUCGGAACCUGAAGGACUUGCUUCCUAUCUCCGAUGCGGACAAGGCACGACUCUCAUACCUACAUAUCAUGUCCCUUGCCAGCAUGUACACCAGGAAAUCGGUUUUCUUCUCUCAAGAAUCGGGAUCUGCUGGCAGUCUCGAGGAAAGCGCGAGGUUCCUGUCUUUCCACGAGCUGUCAGAGCUGGUGCAGGAGCUACCUGGGUUUCUGCUCCUGUUGACCGGGGAAGGCAAGCUGCUCUACCUGUCAGACAGCGUCUCCGAGCACCUCGGCCACUCCAUGGUGGAUUUGGUUGCCCAGGGUGACAGUGUGUAUGAUAUCAUUGACCCUACUGACCACUUCAUCAUGAGAACCAACCUGGCCCCUCCUACGUCACCUGACACAGAUCGUCUAUUCCGUUGUCGUUUCAACACUUCCAAGUCGGUGCGCAGGCUGAGUGCCGGGAACAAGCUGGUUCUGAUCCGGGCGCGCUGCCUGUCCCCUCCCUCCUCCUCUUCCACCCCUAGCUCCUACUGGACAUCCAACCCUGUUUGGAUGUGCUUCUGUUCCCCUCUGGAGGCAGUCCCCACCCGCUUUGGCCCUGGGGGGGACCAAGUUCCUGCUCUUAUCCCUCCUGCUGCUGAGAACAACUUCUUCCUAGCCUCGUUCCAGUCUCAACACAGCAGAGACAUGAGGCUCCAGAAUGCACAGGACAGUGUCAGUGUUUACCUAGGUCUCGAUGUGUCAGCCCUGAGGUCUCGUUCCUGGUACAGCCUCCUCCACCCACAGGACCUGUCACACGCCUCUGCUCAGCACUGCAGCCUGUUGAGAGAAGGAGGAGAAGGUAGAUCUGAGAUGGUGGUACGGGUGGAGUCUGCAGACCAGUCCUGGGUCUGGCUUUACAUGGUACUGCAGCUGGAGGCAGGAGACAGCCCCAUCAGCAGCAACAACUACAUACUUAGUGAAGCGGAGGGGUGGUCAGUGAGACAGCAGCUGAGCACAGAGCAGACCCAGCUGACCCUGGUACUGAGUACCAGUACCUCCCGCCAGGACAGCUUGAGCCUGUCCAGCCCAGACCAAGUCUUCACCCCCAGCAGCAGUGGCCUCUCAGCCCAGUCCUUUGACUUCAGCAUGACUGUGUCGAGUGUGGGCUCCUCCGAUGAGACAGGGGGUGCCACCACUGAACCCAUGCAAGUGGAGGGUGACCCUCGCUCCAGUAUUUCCUCUAUUGAGGAGGAGAGCUUCUUCCAGCAGCAGCAGAUGCCUGCCCCUGUCCAAAGCCCAUCCGCUGCCUCCUCCCCCACCCCGGUUACCGUUGCCACGGUAGCAGAUCUGGACUUCCUCACUCAGAACAUUCUCUUGCCCCCUUCCUUCCAGCUUGAACCUCCGCUGCCUGCCCUUCCCCUGCCCCUCCCCCCAGCGCCCACCUCUCAGGAGCAGCAGACCAAAGAGUUUGUGUGCACGCCCCCCUACACACCCCAACUGGGCGGUGGCAGCUUCCUGUUCGGCGAACCCCUCUUUAGCUUCGACCCCACUGGCACCACCACACCCCCUCCCUCCACCACCACAGCUACAGCCACCACCUCCAUUGCCACCUCCCUCUCCCCCUCCGCCCCACCCGCCCCACCCACCACAGCCUCCAGUCCUGCUCCCCCCUCCCUGUGCCUCACUGGCCCCUCCACCGACCUGUUCUUCCCUGCUGAUCCCUGCAGUGGCUCUCUCUAUGAGAAGCUACCCCCCACCCCUGACAGCCCUGGGGAUGGGGACUGCACAGUGAUGACCUUGCCUGAGGUUCGGGGACCCCUGUAUGUAGAUGUCCCUUUAGGGUCCCUUCACUACCCCCUCGACGGCCUCCUCACCCCAGAGGCCUCCCCCGGUAAACAGCCCUGUCUCUCUUUCUUCUCCCUGGAGAGAGAGAGGGAGAAGGAGAGAGCAGAGAUCUCCCUCUUAGCUCAGCACAUCAGCUCCUUAGCAGAGGGAUUCUACCUGGAUCCUCUCUUAUCCAAGCUAUCCCCUCCUUCCAUGUCCCCCUCCUCCUCCCCUCCCUCCCCCUCCCUCUCCCCAUCCAUAGACACCGCUGGUGUUGACUCUAGCCACAUGCUGGGAGAGUUUUACCCGGUUAAAGCGUGGAGAGGCCUGGACUUCCCCAUAUUCCAUGAUGAUGAAUCUCUGUUUGAAGAGAGCAUCUUAGAAGCCCUUCUCCAGGACUUCUCCACCCCUCCGCCCCUCUCCCCCAACCCGCCCUCUCCCCCCAACCCAGUGUGCUGGCACUCACCCUCCCACUUUGAGGGGGUCAGCCACUUCUGUAGCGUCCAAUCGGCGCACUGUAACCCCACGGCCGGGUGCGAGGCGACGUUGGCCGGCGAGUCCGGGGCGAUGGCAGAAGUGGAGGGGCUGGUGGAGGAGCCUAUGGAGAUUGAGGUGGCGUCAUCACCUCUGUCCUCCUGUUCCUCCAUCCCAGCAUCCCCUCCCCUGCGACUCACUGCCUCCCCCACCUCCGCCCCCUCCACGCCUGUCGACCACUCUACACCCGCCGUGCCUUGCGCUCAGUCCCUCCUGGAGGAGCUGGCCGCCCUGGAACCCAUGUUUGGGGGAGGUGCCUCGAUCGCCCCCGGCUUGGGUCAACAACCUGAGUUGUAUCAACUCCAGUGUCACCAGCCGCCACAGUGCUUCCACAAAGAUGGGAGUGGAAGUGUUCCCCCGUUCUAA